AUGUUAAUAUCCAAAGAGGAACACAAUUCAGUUAGUGAACAAGAUGCAUUGAAUCAGUGCCCGCGCUCGCUAUUAAAUCAGGGCGAGAGGUGGGGAGGGGGAGUCGGCGGGUGGGGUUUGUUUGCGAGGCCGAGGGCGGUUUCAGUCUGGCGCGAGCGCUCGCGCGGUGUGGAUGUGCGCGCGGUGACCGCGUGUGUACGGAGUUGGCGGGAACAUUCCCGCCCACAAAACGACAAAAUAUUUUCAGACGCUAAUAAGCUGGCGAGCGGCGGUGGCGGCGGCCGAGGUCUCUUCUGCUACCACUGCCCGCCGAGCCUGCCGCCGCAUCAACACAGACUGCCCGCCCUGGAGUACCCCUUCACCGCCUCGCACCCUUACACGAGUUACUCGUACCACCCGGCGAUACACGAUGACACGUUCGUGCGCCGGAAACAACGGCGGAACAGGACCACCUUUACGCUUCAGCAGUUGGAGGAGCUGGAGACGGCGUUUGCGCAGACGCACUACCCUGACGUGUUCACGAGGGAAGACCUCGCGCUUAAGAUCAACCUUACGGAAGCCCGAGUUCAGGUGUGGUUCCAAAACCGGCGGGCGAAAUGGCGGAAAGCGGAGCGGUUGAAGGAAGAGCAGCGGAAGCGGGAAGGUGUUGAAGUGCUUCCGAAGAGGGACCCUGCGGAUGAUAAGGGUUCAUCCGAAUGCAUGUCCCGCGGCUCCGCUGAAGCCUCCCCCGUGUCGGGCGUGGCGUCUCCCCGUGCCUCACCGCCGGUGACGCCGGGCUCGCCGCGUCGUUCACCGCACCGCUCGCCGCACCGCUCGCCCAACAGGUCGGAGACCAGCUGCCCCUCGCCUGCGCCCUCCGUAGGCAGUGCAGGCUCCAGGGACGCGGCGCCGGAACCUCGGCCGCAGCACCACAUCUUCUCGCCUUUCGACCAUUCAAGCGCCUACCGAGCAUCGCCUGCGGCGGCGGGAGACGCGCCCCCCGCGCCGCCGCUGUUCCUCCCCCCGCACCUCAGCCACCUUUCGCAGCACCUCAACCAUCUGUCGCAACCAUUCUUCCCCAGCUUGAAAGGUUGGGGCGCCCCCUGCCCCUGCUGUCCCAAGGAGGAAGCCCGUUCAACCAGCGUGGCCGAGCUCAGGCGUAAAGCCCACGAACACUCGGCAGCAUUACUGCACUCCCUGGCCAGCUUCCAGUCGCGAGCGCUGCUGCCGCUGCCGCUGCACCUGCCGCCGCUGCCUAUGUCGCUGCUCCCGCACGAGCCGCCGCCGAACCAGCCAGAGACACAGAAAAAUAUAGACUAAAGUAGUAACAGUGGGUCAGACGCAUUUUGAGGGAGCGUAUGAAGAUAUUAACUAAUUUAUAGUGUUGAAAAAAAGCACGCAAAAUGGAUUGUCGAAUAUCUAUAUAAAAUACAGAGAUUGAUGUAUACCGCUUGGGCUUCUUAAAACCGCAAUGUCACAUAUGAAGAUUCUUAAAUGAUUAAUCGUAAUCAAUCUUGUUGUAGGCCUAGACAUUGGCUAUCGAGUAUCUCCUAGCUAAUGCAGGUUCCUACCUACUCCUUUCAUAAAUACACAUCAACAACCUGUAUUUUACCUGUCGUGUGGAUUUCAAUAAAUGUUAUAGUCUCUAACAUCCCACCGUCCUAAUAAUAGUACAAAUUGAAUUCAUUGUUAAAUUGAAAACAGUUGAUUUUGAUUUUGUUUCGUUUGAUUUUAAAACAAAACAAAUUCAAUUCUAUUUUCUAAAACCAUUGAUUCAAAUUUGACUGCCAAUUUUUCUUGUAUUGUGGGCCGCUAGAGCUAAACAGACUGUAAAUAAUUUCGUAAUAUCAACUGCGAUACAACACGAAAGUAAUUUAAAACAAAUAUUAUGUUCAGAUUUAUGUUAAGUAUACAUUUAUUAAUCGAUGAAACUGUGGAUUCUUGUGCCAUAUACAUUAGUCGUGCCAAACUAUGUGCCAUAACCCUUAGCUUAGGAUAUUUCUUGCUCAUUCCUUUAUAAGUUUAUACUGUAAUUGUGUUUAAUGAAACUAUGUCCAUGAUUUGAAAGUGUAAGUGCCAAAUUGCAAUAAUAACGAGGUUUUAAAAUGUUUAUUCAAGCAUCUGCUAAAG